CUGACAUGAUUAUUUUCAUGGCAUCUGACAGAUGUUUGUUUUGGUUUUUGUUAUUUUUGUUUUCAAUUUUGAAUAGUCGCAAAUGUAAUGGAGAAAACUAACUCCAAACAGCAACGCCAUAAAAAUCUACAAAACUGUUGUCGAACGUGUGGAAAUUCAACGGAAGAACUAAUCUCAAUUUUCGAUGAUGAAGGAUUGGGCUACGAACUUGAUGUAAAGAUUUCGACUUAUUUGAAUUUACAGGUGAACCGGGCAGAUAAACUGCCGCUGAACAUCUGCAUUGAGUGCACUACUACGUUGCUAUCGUUCCAUAACUUGUAUCUUUGUUGUUUGAAAGCCAAAGACCAGUAUAGUGACAUCGUAUUUACAGUUGAAUCCACAGAUGUGUCAGAAAUUCAAAGGAAUAGUGGCAACGAUGUUUCAAAAAUGCAUAAAGAUCACGGAACGGGCAGUCCUAUCAACAAAUCAUGUGAAAUAGUCGAUGUCAGUCCGCCAGACCAGUCGAAUGUUGAUCGCAAUGCAGAGACUGAUAAUUUACAGUCAUGUCCGGCUAUGUCAUGCCAGCAUUGCACGGAACAGUUCGAGAAAAAGGAAGAACUAAUCGAUCACUUGCGCAACGAGCACACCGAUCUUAUAUUUCUAUGCGACGUCUGUAAGGAUUAUCUUCCGCGAAGUAAUCUACUUGAGCACAUGACCUCACAUGCACUUUCGCUUGAGGCUAUAAAUAGUACCAGCGAAGAGAUUAAAUGCGAACGAUGCGACAAAACAUUUCCAACCGACAAAAAACUGCAGCGACACAAGAAAGUGGCUCAUCAGAAACCGCCAAAGUUGUUUCAAUGCACUGAGUGCAACAAAAUAUUCAACACCAACCGUGUACUGCAAAACCACUACAAACACAAACAUUCAGAUGCGCGCAGAUAUCACUGUGAUCUGUGCCAAAAGUCGUUCAAAACCGAUUCUGGUUUAUAUGCACAUCGGAAAACACAUGCCGACAGUUACGACUAUUCAUGUCAAAUUUGUUUGAAGAAAUUUAAGUUCAAGGUCCAUUUGUCCAGACAUUUAACGGUGCAUACGCAGGAGAAGAACUUUUUUUGUCGAUUUUGUAGUAAAUCGUUCGGUGUGAAGGAUAAUUUGAACAAGCACCUAAGGACACAUUACAAGAUGUUUGAAUUUAAAUGCCACAUCUGUGAGUUUUUGACCAGCCAACAACGUUAUUUAACCAUGCACAUGAAGACAAGUCAUUUGGUUAAGCCAUAAGUGAAUCUGGAAUGACGACGGACCUUAAUGUUCGACAAUUUCUAAGAUCUUUACAUUCCCGUGUUGCAUGUACAACCAAAUUCGGCUAAUUAAAAUUAAUUUAUUUAAA